AUGUACCCCAGCGUAAAUCAUUUCAUUGUCCGUCCUGGCACCGACGACGGCACUCCCGGACCGAUCGUGCCCCUCGUCGCUGUCGACCAGCUCCCAGACUGGAUGCAACUGACCGGCGUGCCCCGCGAGCUCGACGCGGAGCAGACCAUCGGAUUGACCAACCUUGGACUUGUCGACAAGGACGACAGCAUCUUCGAGGUGCGCUUGCACCAUGGGAAGAUCAGGGCCAUUCUCAACAGCGCGGACGAGAAGACGGAUUCGCAUUCAUCGGGCGGCGGAAAGGGCAAGGCGAAGGCGAACAAGAAGAAGAAGACCGCACCUCACGCUGAGACCAAGAGCAAGUCGAUUGAAAAGAUGGCCAGCGAGGAGUCACUUCCCACCUUCACCGAGCUUGCCCCAGUCGAGAAGCCACCGCCGCAGGCUCAACCGGCUGAGCGCAUGCUCAGCGCCUCUCGCCACAACACGGCCAACACCGCAGUGGGCACCCAGGCACGCCACAACAGCAGCGAGAAACCCCUCCGCCCGCACAUGACAGAAGCCACGCGCGACGAGCCCCAACAACCGGCUGCCCCGAAGCACAUGACCACCGAGCAAGACGAGCAGCCCACCAUCUGCCGGCACUGGUGCCACCACGGGUCGUGCAAGUGGGGUCUGAAGUGCCGCCACCAGCACCGUAUGCCCAUGACCGUGGACGGCCUCAAGAAGGUCGGGCUGAAGGACUUCCCAACUUGGUACCUUCUCAUGAUGAGCGGCGCCGGUGGGCUACCAGGCCUGCUCAGCAUGGACGCCACGCUCAGCGGCCACGGAGAAGGGCAGCCUUGUCCCGCCCGGCAGCACGCAGCGGGCCAGAAGCAGCCGCCCUCCCAGCCUAUCAACCAGCACCACGUCCCCGAUCACCCAUCGUCCCUGGACCUCCGUUUGGUGCGGGGCCGCAUGUCCGCACUGCUCACCUCUGGCGGCGCGGUGAGCAACCGCCAGCUGAAGCAGCUCAGGGAGAUGCGCCAUCUCCUCCUGCGCGGCGCGGGCGCCCCUGCGACGGGGGCCCAGGGAGGGCAGCAGCAGCAGCAGCAGCCCCGCCCUCACAACAACAACAACGGCAACUACGCCAACCUGUACACCAACGCGAGCGUCGCCGCCAACGCGGCCAGCAUCCGGCGCCAGGCGGAGCGCCAGCAGCAGGUCAGGGACGACAUGCCGGUGGUCACUCGCGUCCGGGCCAGGGAGGAUGUGGAGGAUCAUCGGGGUCAAGCGAUUGUGGCAGGCCGUGCAGGUGGUAGCGAGGAGAACCUUCUGGACAUUGAUUGA